AUGACUCCCUCGGGUACACCUUCUCAACUCAUCCUCAAAUCUCAUUCUCCUCCUUCCUCACCGUCCUCAUCCUCACCAUAUUCACCAUUAAAAGAUUGCAGGCCACUCUUCGCACUGACUCAGUCACUUCCCGACGAUCUCAAGCUCCAAAUCUUUGAUAUCCUCUCCACUUCCUUCCAAGACCUCAAAACACUCACUCGCUUAUCGCAAAACUCCUACGAUCGAUAUGCUCCAAGCUUAUACAAGAGACUCCACAUCAAGUCGUACGAUGUGCCCAUCAAAAUGAGAUUGAUGAACCCUAAAUAUCGUAAAGGGUAUCAUCCAUUUACCCAAGAAGAUGAAAAAGCCUACAAGAGAUACAAGGAAAGGAGAAUGGGGAUUAUGGAGUAUUGUGAAUCUCUUAGAUUUGUUAAUGAAAAUGAUAUCAGAGCGACCUUGGGGCUGGUUUGUGAAUUUUUUAGUGGUCGGAAGAUCCCAGAAAGUGAUGAGUGUAGCAAUGGAUCAACGGCAAGGGUAUUUGGCAACGUCAAGUAUCUCAUAUUUCAAGGGAAAUGUUCGAUUAUGAAUUCUGAGAUUGCUUAUAAAGAUAGUAACAAGGUAUACUCGUCAAAGCUCCUAUGGAAGAUGUUGAAUCCCACUCAUAUUUGUAUAGAUGAUUCUUCAAUUCCCGAUGAUGUUAUGUCACUUGACUUUUCAACUUUGGAGUAUUGUAGGUAUUUACAAUCAAACCGUAGGAAUUGGACCGACAUCUCUUCUGCAACUUUACAUAGUAUCGUACAUGGUGUAGUAAAAUUCGAUGAGAAGGUUGAUCAAAGGAUUUUCUUCAAGGCGAUUGAUCGAUCUCGACCUCAUCCUCAGCCUCGACGAAAUCAUCGACAGGUGGUAUUAAACGAAGAUUAUCUCACCACGUUAACUGUGCUCUCAAGAACAAGUGACGAUGAUACGACGAAGAAGAUUGAAAUUCUGAAUUGUCCGAACAAUUCGGAUGAUGUUUUACUCCAUCGUCAAUUAGAGGGAUUGAGUCCUAUCGAUGGAGUCACCGAGUUGUUCGGUGGUGAAGAAGGCGAAGCUUGUGUCUGUUGCGGGAAACGAUAG